CUCGCGUAGUGUGCUUUGCAACACUUCGCCUACGCCUGCACAGGCUAGCAUCGUCCUGGAGGCGACGGCCGUCCAUCCCCUUCUCGUGCACCGCUCGCGCAAACAAUGCCAGGCACUACCACUCCUCAAGCCGAGCGCAAUAUAUCAGCACAACGCAGCGGCGGGAGUUCGAGCAAAGCUGUGCCCAAGGACCUGUCGAAAGAGAAGACCUUUAUGGACCGAUGGGUGGAGCCUUCACUGGCGAAGAAGGCGUCAUAUGAAGACCAUGGCGCAUCGGCGUACGGAGUGCUAGAACACAUGCAGCCUUUGGGCGAGCUUCCCAGCGCCAAGUUGAAGCAGCGAGUGAAAGGAGGAGCAGGAGGAGGAGGAGGAGUGGGAGUGGGAGUGGGAGGAGGGGGAGGAGGAGAUGGAUCGCGAAAGUCAGUGCUAGGGCGCAGCUCUGCCGCUGUUGGAGGGGAGGCUCUCAGCACUCCUGAGGGCACACCAGCGCCAGGGGCGACAACACCACUUCCUGUAGAGCCACAGCCCACGCAGUCAAUCAUUAUUGAUGACGAGAAGGACGACGACUACGCGCCUACGAAGAAUGGUAAGAAGAAGGAGCGUUCUGCGCGCCCACGAGCCGUGAAACGGAAAAGCGAACCCUCAGAGUCCGCACCACCUGCACCUGCUCCUCCCUCUGCUGGCGCGACAAAGAAGAAAGCCGCUGGCAAGGCUCGCGUAGCACAGUUUGAAUACGAUGGCGCCAAACUGAGGCGUGUUGUCGAGGCUGCGAAAGCACGUGCCGUCGAGGUUGGCAAACCCGAUCUUGCUGAUGCGGUCAACGAGAUAUACGUGCAAAGCCUUCACGAUAAGAGACUGCGCGAACUUCUCGAGGCCAUCCUCACGCAGAAUGCUACAGCGGAGCAGAACCAGGAGUUCCAAGACUAUGUCCGAGCUGCAAAAAGGAAACUGAAGGAUGCCAAGCACAAGGCGCGGCAACAAGCGGCAACAAUAGGAAAUAAUGGAGAGGCUGGACAAUUGACACCAUUGACACAACUUCCCACGAAGAAUUUGACUCUGCCACCUGCACCGACCUCGUUUGCUUCGGGACCUUCUGCAAUACCAUCAACUGAACGACUUGAACCUACAAGACCCAAAAUCUCCCUCAAAGUCAAGUCACCAGCCAAAGAUUCCAAUCGCCAUCGCUCUGGCAACGGCAAGAUGUCACUCUCACCAAGAAAGCGCUCCGGCAGUGCAGGUAGCGACUCGUCUCUCACAUCGCUUACUUCGAAUGAGGAUGAUGGCGAGGAGCUCAACACGCCGCCUCCUUCGGGCAGCGGCUUUGCUGGUCCAACUGCUCGUGUCAAUGGCGUCCAAGGCCCAGAUCAUGCUGCAGAACGAGGUAGCUUGACAGUUCCGCCCGCCUCGAACAAACGGUCGUCAGCGGAUGCAGAAUUGGAGAGCGAGCAGGAUCGCGCUCUUGCCGCUAAGAAACAAAAGCUCAGCGAAGGUCUUGCUCGAGAUUACGAGUACCAAGAGAGCAGCGUUCGGCCUGCACUAUCUCAGCCACGGUCACGCGUGCAACGGAUGAGGGAGAGUGCUCUCGCACCGCCCUCGACGAAGCCGGAAUCGCAUGGAACUCGAGCUGCCAGCGUGCGAGGAGGCCGUGCGGUCUCCACGGAUCUUGACUCACCAUUGUCUGACAUGUCGCCCGCGAAUUCACGACAGAACACACCCAAGCUCGGCAGGCCACUACCCAAGCCACCGGGGAAGAGAGCGAAGACCAAGCAAUCGCCGGAAAAGCGACAUCUGGCGGCCAACCGUGGCAUGCCUGGCGUUGGUGGCGCAGGAAUCGACAGUCCAAUCGGGGAUGAUGACAAUGAAACGCGUUCCGAGAACAACGACUUUUGUUCGGCUUGUCGCGGCAAUGGCUUUCUUCUGUGCUGCGACGGCUGUGACAGAUCAUUCCACUUUACAUGUCUUGAUCCGCCCAUCAGCGACGAAGCGAAAGAACUGAACGAGCCGUGGUACUGCUACAUCUGCGUGUCUAAAAAACCGCUCGUUGCCGAGUCUCCAGAGAAGAAAGACUCGACGGGGCUGUUCGGACCACUCCUAUCCAAACUGAAAAAGGCCAACCCGAAGAACUUUGAGCUGCCAGCCUACAUCAAGAACUUUUACGAUGGUACAGGCGCUGACAGGAACGGGUCCUUCAUGGAUGCUGUCAGUGGCAAGCCCACAAGAAGCCGGCCAGGCUACUCAGACGACCAGCCCGACUACUACAAAAUACGUGACGGCAAAGGCAACAUCGUGCUCUGCUAUCAGUGCGGACAUUCAUCACACCAAAUUGGUGGCGCGAAACGUGCCAUUGUGACCUGCGACCACUGCAACCAGCACUGGCAUCUGGAUUGCCUGAGUCCUCCGCUGGCGAAUCCUCCUGCCCUCAAUAAAGAUGGCAAGAAGGUCCACGACUGGAUGUGUCCGCUUCAUAUUGAUCAGGCUCUGCGUCAAGUUGAUGUUUCGUCCUUGAACCGAGCCACGAGCCGCCAGAUCCAUGUUCGGAAGCCGAAGAAUCCGGUCGUUGCCGAGACAGCUCUCAGCCGAGGGCACCGCAACAAUGGUAUCAUUGAAGUGCUCGACGAUCAAUCUGACGGGUCCGACUCGGAAUUUUAUGAUCACGAAGAAGACAACAAGGUCUACAGGCUGCCAGCCACUGGUAUCAAGCUUGACUUCAUUGACAAGAUCAAACAUACCCGCAUACAGCAACUUCGUGACGAGCGUGCACAUCAGCGAUUUGCGAUACAAGUCGCCCCCACCGUCGUGCCGAGCGCCCUGGAGCAAGCCAACUUUGCGAAACGCCCCUUCAACGAGAAACAGCUCGCCCUCAACCUCGCUCAAUUUGCUAGCGAUCAUCAGGAUCUCGACUUGGGCGAGGACCAGGUGGAGAAUUUGGUCGGCGCACUGAUUGCCGAAGCUCCAUCUGUGGUUGUGAUGGAGAUGAUGGCCGCGGAGGACGCCGAGAAGACCAAGACCACGUCUUCGGCCGCGCCACCAUCACCGCCAGCGAGCGAACAGACUGCCGAGCUCAGCGCAGAGCAACGGAAAGAGCUGCGUAUGUUGCAAGAGCUCAUACGCAGGAAGCUGGACAACAGCAAGACUUGAAGUGUUACAUGUCUAGACUGAGAUGGAACUGUUACGAGAGAAGGCUAGGGCGCGUGGCGCCAAUGGCUGCUCAGCUUUGUCUGGGGAUAAUGACGGUCGCACCUCGACCAAGUCCAACUUGCUUGUCCCCCAUUGACGAGAGUGCUGCGCGUAUGAAGCGGCACGGCGGUCAAGGGGAUGAGAGGAGGACAUUUGAGAUCAGAGCAGUAUGGACAACCAGGCAUUUUCGAACCGUCCCCCCACUGGGGAUUCUCAAUAGAUUGAACGGGGGCGAACAGAAAUAUGAAUAAUAAAUAUUC